GCGGCGGCGCCCGGCAUGUUCUACGCGGUGCGGCGGGGCCGCCAGCCCGGGGUCUUCCUGACCUGGAACGAAUGUCGAGCCCAGGUGGACCGGUUUCCUGCUGCCAGAUUUAAGAAGUUCCCCACGGAGGAGGAGGCCUGGGCCUUUGUGAGAAAGUCCUCCAGCCCUGAUGGUUCGGAAGGGAAGAAAAGUCAGCUUGGACAAGAGUCACAAGGGAGAGCAAACAAGCGCCUCCGAGAGCCCUCCGAGGACGACGGGGCGCAGCCCGGGGAGCCCUGCGCGAAGCUCGGGCGGCAGGACGCUGGCGCGGCCCCUUGCGUGAGCAGGGACACCUUUUCCUACAUGGGUGAGUCCGUCGUGGUCUACACUGACGGCUGCUGCUCCAGCAACGGGCGCAGAAGGGCGCGAGCUGGGAUCGGAGUCUACUGGGGGCCCGGCCAUCCUCUGAACGUAGGCAUUAGACUUCCUGGGCGACAGACAAACCAAAGAGCAGAGAUUCAUGCAGCCUGCAAAGCCCUGGAACAGGCGAAGGCCCAGCACAUCAGCAAGCUGGUCCUCUACACGGACAGCAUGUUCACUAUCAACGGCAUCACGAAUUGGGUUCAAGGUUGGAAGAAAAACGGCUGGAAGACGAGUUCAGGGAAGGACGUGAUCAACAAGGAGGACUUCGUGCAGCUGGAGAGGCUGGCGCAGGGCAUGGACAUCCAGUGGAUGCACGUGCCUGGUCAUUCGGGGUUCAGAGGCAACGAAGAAGCCGACAGAUUAGCCAGAGAAGGAGCCAGACAGCCUGAAGACUGAGCGAGACCCUUCACCCCUGGAGAAGCGGGCGCCCCGGUGGCUUGUGCCUUUCCUGCCGGCGCCUGCAGGAUGGACCUGGGGCAGGGUGCUGGCGAGCUUCAGACGGACCGGAAGGCGGGCCGGCCACGGGCUGAGAGGGCUCAGUGGGCAAUAAAUUGGGCACCCUUGAGGCCUGAGGGCUGGUGAGGCUUCUGCAUCCUGCUCGAUGGGCUUGGCUCCGCUCAGCAUGCCCGCGGUCGGGCAGGCGGCUUAGGGCUUCGACUGGAGAAGGGGCGGACAGACGGGGUUUAGACGUUUCCUCGGUGGGGCUGAGCCUUCGCCCCAGGUGGGCCUGGCCGUCUGUGCCCUUCAAGGAAGGCACUGCCCGGGGAGGGGUGUGGCCCAGAGGUGGUGUUGUUAUAGGACAGGGAGAGGGGCAGCCCAAACCCUGCAAACCUGCCUAUUCUACAUGGGUUCUGCCAUCCGCCGCAUCAACACAAAACAUAUAAGACUUUAAUGGGAAGGAACUUUAAUAAAACUAGGACACAAUACAGGUAAGGCAAAGAGUCUAGUUUCUAAAUGAAGCAUCCAGAGUUACCCGUCCCCUCGUGGGUAAAAGUCCAUCCAAAUGGGAUUGGCCCAGAGCAAGGCCCCAAGGCCUGCCCCAAGUCUAAAGCAUCUUCCAGUGGGGACCCACAGAAAAGGGUCAGAAACAACCAGACAAGCCCGGAAGGAAAAGAGCAAAAUCAACAUCAAGAUAAAAGCCGCCAUGGUCACCUCCCCACGGGUCUCACCCACAUCUGUGUCACCCCGUCCACAACCAAAAGACAAGCGCAGUUUCUUCACGUGUCUCUAGGCUCCACGCGCCUCCUCCAGGUCUCCUGGCUCCAUCCUGCUUCCUUCCUCAGUCUCUUCUGCAGCUUCUCCUCUUCCUGCUCAGCUCCACCCUCCCUUGGGUGGGGCAGGGAACCUCCCCCUUUCCUGGGACCACCCUGUUACAGUGUGGCGGGGAGCGGGGCCGGGAUCCCCAUGGUGAGUGCUGAGCACGCCCGUCUCCAGGGGGUCGCAUCGAGGGGGGAGAAAUCUGUUGAGACAUUUCCCUGCGCAACACUGCGAGGUUGAAGAACUGGCCUUGAUUGUUCACUUCUCGCCUAUUCGUGGAGACAAGCAGGAAAGGACUCACCGCAUGCGGAGCUUAGGCAUCAUUACUGCCCACGCUGCUCAUGUUGCCAGCCCCAGGCUGGAAGAGGGUGCGGACCAGGCCCGAGGGCACGCGGGCCCGACUCCAGCCCCGCUGGCUGUUUGGCUAGGCUUUCCUCAGUCUCUACUGAAGUUCC